AUUCAACUAGGUCUUCGAACCGUCCAUAAGCUCAUCAUGACCUCAGGCAUCUCGAGUCCGUUACACCAUCCAGAACAGUUGUCAAAGAGCAAGUACGCGGAAAGUCGAAAAGAACUCCUGGAACUGGUCAAGCAAUUACGCGCCAUUGGAGCUCAGGCAGACCUCGAUUUACCUCGCAUUGUAGUCAUAGGGAAUCAAUCCGCGGGGAAGAGUAGUGUUGUUGAGGCUAUAUCAGGGAUAAACGUACCGCGAGAUGCAGGAACAUGCACACGUUGUCCUAUGGAAUGUCGCCUCUCGUCUUCAACCGGCCCAUGGUCUUGCCAGGUGUCCAUUCGAUGGGAGUUCGAUUCAAAAGGCCGUCGUAAAGAAGAGGUUUCGGAGGUCCCUUUUGGCAACGCGAUCACAAACAAGAGCGAUGUUGAACUCGCAUUGCGCCGAGCGCAGGCUGCUGUCCUCAACCCACACCUCGACCCCCCGCAGCUGUUAGCGAUGAGCGCGGAACAGCUUCAAAGCGGAAUCAAAUCGGGCAGGAAGGCGUUGCCAUUCUCACGUAACGUUGUUUGUGUUGAUCUUGAAGGUCCUGACUUGACCGAUCUUGCUUUCAUCGAUCUUCCGGGUAUUAUACAGAACGCCGAGCCUGAUGUCGUUAAGCUUGUGGAGGAUCUAGUAGUGUCUCAUAUAGAAGGCAACUGCCUGAUUUUAGUCGCUUUGCCUAUGAUAGAUGAUAUUGAGAAUCAGAAGGCCCUAAGGCUUGCACACCAGGCAGACCCUGAGGGGAAGCGGACAAUAGGCGUUCUCACGAAGCCCGACAUGCUUUCGUCUGGUACAAAGGCUCGCAACCUUUGGCUCGACGUCAUCGAGGGGCGUCGCAGCCCUUUGUUACAUGGCUAUUAUUGCACGCGUCAACCUGAUGAUGCUGAGCGUGCCAAGGAUGUCACGUCUGCUCAUGCGCGCCAGACUGAGGCCACUUUCUUCGAGACAACUGCCCCUUGGUCUACUUCCGCGCACAAGCAUCGAUUUGGAAUUCCAAACUUGGUGGCGACCCUAAGCGCAUUAUUAGAGAAAAUCAUCAAGGACACGUUACCGAGGGUGAGCGCAGAGGCGACUAACCACUUAGAAUUAUGCGACCGCGAGCUUUUUGAUAUACCGGAACCUAUGGUUGGUGAGCCGACAACCUAUAUGCGCAGCCUUGUUACAACUUUCUGUACCACGGUGGAUCAUUAUGCCCGAGGAACGCAAUCUUUUGAGCGUCUUAUUCAAGAGAAUAGGAGCAUUUUUAGGACGUUCAAGACCACUAUUCGUUCUACUGCCCCUAAUUUCGUUCCAUAUAUCAGGAAAGAAGGCAUACCAUCCACCUUCCAGAACUAUAUCGGUGAGGGUGAAGACGAAGGUCCUGGAGAGGGUCUCAUCAGCAAAGAUUCGUACUUCUAUCUGGACGAUAUGACACGGCAUAUAAACAAGUACGUGACUUUUCGCCGCGGUCUGGAUCGUAAGACAAGGUCUAUCACCCGGGAGUUACCUGACAACGUACCGUUCCCUGCCAAAGUCACGCUCAUCGAUGCGUUUCAGAGCCAGUGGGAGGCUGCCGCCCAUAUAUGCUUCGAUCUCGUCCGGGACGUUAUGGUCGAAGUACUCUUUGCGUGUAUGAAGGCCACCUUCCAUAGGUGGGAGAACUUGCAUGCACAUCUUCGCGCCUAUGUGAAUGAGUUGGUGAAAUCUUGCUACACAGAGUGCCAGCAAUAUAUUGCUACAAUGCUGGAAGUUGAGCGUGCUCCAUUCACGCAAAACACGCAUUAUCUGCAAACGUGCACAGAUAAAUGGCUUGUUCACUAUAGCCAGGCUAGAGCGGGCAAUGCUGUCAUCGCACAGGUCUCGGUAGCUGGCAACGCCGCCCCUGCGUCGCCCGCGCAAGCUCAGCCCACUCCCGCUAGCACCACUGUUCCAUCCAUGUCUGAUGUCGACACCGCCCAAAAGGUCAACGCUGCUUUGGCCGCCCUCGCUGAGCUCGGCUACACCGGCCUGAGGGCGGAGGACCUGGGGAAGCUGAACCCUCUGGAUGAAUACCAAACCGAGUUAGAGGUCAUGGCCGAAGUUCGGGGAUAUUUCCAGGUCGCAUACAAGAGAGUCAUCGACAACAUCCCGUCGCUGAUCGACCACAUGUUCGUCAAAGCGAUCAAGAACAAGCUCCAGACCUUCCUCAUCAACAAGAUGGCUCUCGGUGCCCCGGACGCCCCCCAGCGCUGCGCGCGACUCUUGGCGGAAGACCCGAACAUCGUCGCCCGACGCGAUGAGCUCACUCUCCGCAAGAAACGACUCGAGACAGUCCGUGCCGAACUCUACAACUUUGGAUUGUGAUCUCUGGAAUGCAAUAUGCAGUACUGCAUGUUCGGUAUUGGCUAUCAUACACAUGUUGGUUAUGAGACUGUCAUUUACGGUGUUCAGUUGGCCUGAUAGAAAUCGUCCUGGAGUAGUCCUCUGACGGACUUUCUUCUGGUCUCUGUGUUCCCAC